AGUGAUAGGUUAAUACUCAGGACUGCAAACUAUUUAAAACACUCACUUCCCUCGUCAUAUUCAGAAAUCAUUUGGCGUUGCAUCACUUGGAAUCAUUUCCAUCUCGCAAAGGGUUCCAUGUAAAAGAGUUUGUAAUUGUCUUUCAAUCACAAAAACAUAAUUUUGUACUUGUACACUCUUCAGUUUGGGACCUUUUGGCUUUUUGAAAUAUUGUCAUAAUGGCAUCGGCUGGCGUGGACUCCAAGUCAGAAGCUGCUAACUCACAGGAACUCCACAGUUAUGACUAUCAAAGUUUGACUCCUCAGAUCUCCCUGACACACAGUACUCCAGAUGCAGACAAGAAGCAUCUGUUGGUACCCGCCAAUCAGUUACAGGUUCCUUCUCAGCGUUACCGCUCCAAUUCUUUAAAGGAAGAAACACCUGAGGAACAGCAAAAGUUCCUAAACUUGAUCUCCCAUGGCCAACGUGGACGUCUGGAUGAUCAAUGCUGCAUCUUGGAUCCUAGCAGAAGUGCUCCCUGCUCACCCAAGCACUCAGAGAACAAGCUGGCUGCAAAUCCUGAAAUGUUCUUCAACCUUUUGGCCAGUUCUCAGAGUCAAAGGCUCGAUGACCAACGGGUGUCUCUUCCAUCAUUACCAGGAUUGCAGAAUACAGACAGCACUUCUAAUGGAGACUCAAGCUACUUGUGUUACAUGGUGUCCAAAGUCCAGGGUUCCAGAAUGGAUGACCAAAGGUGUUCCCUACCACAAAUUCAACCUCCAGAGGGGCAGUGCUCACCAGUUAAUGAAAAAUCUGCUCCCAGUUCAAGCCCUGCACGUUCAGCCUUCUUCAGCCCAAACUCAGACAUGGAGCAGCCAAAGACUAAAGACAACAUAUGUCAAAAACAGGCCUUGAAUCCUGCAGAACUUGAGGGUUUCAUGACAUUAAUGAGUCAUUCCAAUCGGGGUCGCAUGGAUGAACAGAGAUGUGUAUUAAACGUUAGUCCCAAGACUACACCCAAACACCAACUCCCUCAGAAUCCACAGUCCCAAGAUUCUGAAAAGCUAUUCAACUUACUGGCAAACAUUCAGGGACAACGGCUUGAUGACCAGCGGAUGUCUCUUCCUUCAUUACCAGGAAUACAGAAUGGAGGUAGCACAUCAGCGCUAACUCCUGCUGAGAGGGAUGCAAGCCACUUGUGUUACAUGGUCUCAAGAGUCCAGGGCUCAAGGAUGGAUGAACAGAGAUGCUCUGCACCUGAAGUACUCAAGAAUCUGAGUACCCCCUCUGCUCAGCGCAAAAAUCUCACAUUAGAUACAUCUGUUAAACCUCCCCAAACUGCUACCUCUUUUAAAACCGACCAGCGUUGUCAGGAGGUAUCUUCAUCUGAGCAGGACCAAUUCUUUAAGAUGAUGAGACAUGCACAAAGUGGACGUAUGGAGGAGCAGCGUUGUUCCUUACAGCCUAGUAAAACUGCAGGAGCUGAUUCAUUUGCCACCUUUACUCAAGUACAGCCACCAUAUGAUCAACAUAUUGCACUUAUGACUUUAUCAGGCAAAAGUGGAAAAUCUAGAACAAAGGAAAACAGUGGACAUAUGAAGGUUGAAAUCCCAGCCUCUCCACCACAUAUCAUAGUGGAUGAAGGUACACCUGCCACAUCAAAGAAGUCCUAUUCCAGAAGUACCUCCCAUCCCCAAAUGGCCAAUCCCGAGUACAGCUCUACCUUGGCCUUACCCAAAUCUGCUUCAUUUACCCCAGACACAGAAUUUCAGAAGGACCAGCAUUCCUCAGCACAGCUGACAGUGAGGGUGUCCAUGAGUAUCACACCACAGCUGGGACCAAAACAGGAUUAUCAAAUUCCAGAAGUCUUUCUAACUCUAGGUGCCCCAGGAGAAAAUGUUGUAAUACCUCUUAGUCCAGUAUUUGGUAAACCCCUAUCCUUAGAUUUGAAUCUUAUUCCAAAGAAAGAAGCUAAAUCCAAACAUCGCUCUCCAAUUCAUGCAAGUCCCAGGAAAACCUGUUCACGGCCAUCAUCUCCCUACCGUAGUACUAAAGCUAAUCCUAUAACAACAUGCACAAAUGAGCAGGGGGAACUGGUGACAAGCCCCAUCAGUCCAGAUGAAGACUGCUUCUCUCUGAUUGAGAAGAUACACACAUCCCAGCUUCAAAAAGGAAUGGCUCAAGGAGGAAAGGGAAAGGAAAAGGCAGAGCAAAUCAAGGGGAAAGGGGCUGGAAAGAAAGAUAAGAAGAAUGGUGACAACAAAUAAUCUAUUAUCUUCAGAAGAAAAUAAUAAAAAAGAAGAGAUGCUGCUAUUGGUUUGGAAAAUAAUUUGAUGUAUAAAAGAAUGCCCACAGUAAUUUGAAGAUUCUGCUAGAGGCAAGUUUGAGUUUCAUGUUAGAAUUUUCUUUUCUCUUAUUUUUUAGCUUUGGUGUUGUUGAGAACCCCAGAUUGUUAAUGUAGUAUAUAAAGUUAAGUUUACAACUAAUUCAUCUACAUAUCUGUAGAGGAAUAUUUUGAUAAUCUGCCAUUGAACCCACAAAUCUGGCAAACUGCUGUACAUGGGAAAAAUAUUUUGAGAAAACCAUAAUAAAACACAU